AUGAUACCCUCCCUCUCGCCAGAAGUUGCUGCGUUGCAAACCGAACUCUUACAGUUGAGCCUUCUGCAUCUGUCUUUACUACGAGAGGACGCCGAUUGGAAAGCCAAGGCAGAGAAGCAACUACGGAUAAAGUACAAUACGGUCGCAGAAAAGCAUCGCUGCGUUGUGAAAGAGGAAAAGGAUUACCAGCAACGUCUCAAUGGACAAGCGUUGCAUUGCUGGCUCAAGAACUCCAUUGAACAUAAUGGUCACCAAGGAUUUGCAGUGCAAAUCCAAGUUCUUUCAGAGGUUGCGCAAGAAGUGUGCGACUUAUCCGAUAUUCAGGGAGGGAGAUUUACGUUGGCCGUGCAGGACUUUGAAUCCUGGUUCCGGAAGGUCGAGGAGAUAAAGACUUGUCGACAUUACCAGGGAGGAUCGGAUCUUGAUGUUUUCAUCGACCCUCUCGAUCGCGCCUGGCAGGAAGAAGUGCACGCUCUGACCAUGAAACUUGAACUAUGCUCGAGGCAACUGCAGAGUCUGGAUAUAAUGGGCUACGGGGAGGUAGAACAGCUAGAAGGCUCCAGCCUUUAUCGGACUGCAAAGGGGUUAGAUGAUAUGGUGAAUUCGAUGAUUGAGGAGUUGAACACCAUCUGUAAGAUUGAAGCGGACGUCGUAAGAUCGGAACGACAGUGGGUUAGUCAGCUCAGCCAGCAGGUGGUCUCCACGAGACCGCUGGAGAAGAGGAUCCCUCGAGUUGGAAUGUGGAGAUCAUAA